AUGACCCCGUCCAGCCGCUCCCCAUCGCCGCUGAAGCUGGCCGUUCCCGCAUCUCUUCAGCACCGGCCGGCACCAGUGUCGUUUUAUUUGAAAGCCGGGCUUCUUGGCUUCGCGAUUGGCGCCGCACUGGAGCUGACAUUUGUCAAGACCAACUCAUAUGAGAUCAUGAAGAAGACGCAAGCUCGCAAGCGGCUGCAGGAGCAACUGGACUACGAGGCGCUGCUACAGUACCAAGAAGAGCAGAAGGUCAAUGCGACUUCAUCGCGCCCAUAG